GUAGUAAGGGAGAGAGGGUGGAGACUAAGUAAACUUUGCUCUCAGAAAGCUAAAUCUGUAAGAGGGAAACGCUGUUGGAAAAGGCUCUCAUGUAACACUUUUAAAGACGAUUUCUGUUUUAGAUGGAUAUGUCGCGUCCAAAGCUCUUUGACUUCCAUGGUGUGUCUAUGACACAUGUUUUCACGGACAACUGGGACAAAGUCCAUAACUUCAAAGCUAAACCCGAUGACAUUGUUGUUGCCACUUAUCCCAAAGCAGGCACCACUUGGCUCUGCUACAUUCUUGACCUACUGUAUUUUCAUCAAACGUGUCCUGAGCGGGAAAAAUCUGUCCCAAUCUAUGAGAGAGUGCCAUUUUUAGAGUUGGUCUAUCCACCCUAUCCUACAGGAACAGACAUGGCAGAUACACUGCCUACCUCUCCUCGCAUCAUCAAAACUCAUCUGCCUGUUCAAUUUCUACCCAAGUCCUUCUGGGAGCAGAACUGCAGGAUAGUUUAUGUCGCUCGCAAUGCUAAGGACAAUGUUGUUUCCUAUUUCCACUUUGACCGCAUGGAGAAAAUACAACCCGAGCCAGGAGACUGGAACAGUUUCUUACAAAGAUUCAAAGAUGGAAAGAUGGUGUUCGGCUCCUGGUAUGACCAUGUGUGUGGAUGGUGGGAAAAGAAACAGACGUACUCCAAAAUCCACUACAUGUUCUAUGAGGAUCUGGUGGAGGAUACUGGCCGUGAGCUCAAAAACCUUUGCUCCUUUCUUGGUUUAUCCACAUCUGAAGAAGAGAGGAAGAAAAUCAUAGAAUGUGUUCAGUUUGAUGUCAUGAAGGCGAAUCCUAUGACUAAUCUCACUGAUGAUCAAACACUAGACUUCAGUGUCUCUCAAUUCCUGCGUAAAGGUAAAGUCGGUGACUGGAAGAAUCACUUCACUGUGGCUCAGAAUGAGCAGUUUGAUGAACACUACAAGCAGAAAAUGAAGAACACAACUUUACAGUUCCGCACAGAGAUUUAGGGUGGUUUCUGGAGAAAAUCAGGAAAAUGUCGUUGAAAUGAUUCGGUAAUAGGCAGUGGUAUUAAAUCGACCUCUAACCAUCUUUCUCCAUGUAUUCAACAAAUCAAUCAGGGUUAUCAAUCAAAUCAAUCAGUAUGUUAAUGUAAACAGGCUACUCUUGUAUAAAACUGUGACAUUGCAUAAAACAAUCACUUAUUUAUGCAUAAGUAUUGUUGAGGUGAGGGAUAUGACCUACAAUUAUUGUUAUUAUUAUUAUUAUUAUUAUUAUUAUUAUUAUUAUUAUUACCGUUGAUAAUAUGCUUUGUAUUUUCUCCAGGAAAUGUUAGCUCAGAAUGAUCAGUUUGACAAACACUACAACUCAACUUUACAGUUCCGCACACAGAUUUUGGACAUCAUGAGACCUCAGAAUUGUAAUUUACAGGAAUAAUAUUUUUGAACAAUUCAUUUUUCUAGGAUACUGAUUUGUACAAAGCAACACUGCUUCCUAGAUUUUCUCACUCUUUGAAUGUCUACAGAACAUUUCUGUAGCUCUUUAAUUAAAUAAACAUUAUCAGAUAAGAAGACAUUUAGGCAUUAUUAAACUGUGAAUUUUCUCCAAGCAAUUUGACAUAAUUUGAGUUUAUAAAUUCAAAUUAGAUAUUUAAUGCCAUUUGUCACACAGGUACAUGCUUGUAAAUUCAAUGGAAGCUUUAUUUUAAUGCACCAACACAAAAAAUUGAUAUUGCUGUAGAAGACAAUGAAAAAAGAGGGGUUUAUCUGAAAGAGGCAAUAAGACCCAGGUCCAAAGUUCCAGAGCUGGUAAUGACCGAGCCAUGAUUAUGUAAUAAAUUGACUAACUUUGGGCUUUAGCACUCUCAUUCCAGCAUGUGACAUUUUCAUAACCAAUAAUUUAGAGUCUUGUACACAGAAUUUGAGUGACAAAUAAACUUUGGGCUUUGGCUCUUUCAUUCCAGCAUGUGACAUUUUCAUAACCAACAAUUUAGAGUCUUGUACACAGAAUUCCAGUGACAAAUAAAAAGAGCGACGCAAUCUCAAAGGGUGUGCGAAAGGGCCAUGCAUUAUUGAAAAAUGCAUAAAUUAGUCAGUGGAGACAAAACACACAAAUAAAGUAGUCUUUUAAAUCGUAAUAAUAUCUCGUAGUUUGACAACUCCUUUAAGAAGAAUAUAGUUAAUGCAUGCUCAAAAGAUUAAAAAAAAAAAAAAAGUUUUCAAAUGUUUCAUUACAUAGUAUAAUUUAUGUGUGUCUUUGUUGGUUAGUUUGUUUGAUCAUUCAUGAUGUGACUAAGGACUGAUCUUAUUCUGAUUCGGAGAAAAGAAUGCAGGAUUAUAGUGUGAAAAAGUAUGAAAAGCCUGUUUUGUUUUGAUUUGAAAUUAUGUAAAAAAAAAUUUAAUUAAAACAUCUAACACACUGACCCAGUCAUAUAAUCAGUAAAAGUAGUAAGAGAGAGAGGGUGGAGACUAAGUAAACUUUGCUCUGAGAGUGAGUCAAACUGUUUAAAUAUUUGUUUAUUUGGUAUAUCUGAGCAUGUAAAGUACACAUGCAUACUUCAGUUAUACAUGUUUUUAGGAAUUCAGUACUGGAUCACUGUGAAAAUUCAUAUUUGUGAUAUUGUUUAGUGCUGUUUAAUGCUAAUUUCAAGGGGAUAUUAUUAGGUUGUCGCAUACAUAGAGUGAGUCAUACUAUUUAUAUAUUUGAUAGCAUGUUGAGUCAUAUACAUAAACCUGCCUGUUGAAUUUUUGGAUUUGCUAUUCAUAAGCCAGAUCGGUUGCUGCUCUUAUAAAAUAUCUCUGCAGUUUAGCUGCAAACAUUAAAGGAAUGUUGGCUUGAGUGUGGUGUUCAUUUCUGACUUACUGUAGCUCUGGAAUCUAAACAAAUACAACAGUCAGUGAAUGUGCAACAUCAAGACCAUUUUAAUAGAUACUUAAAACAUAAAGGAUAGACAUAUAUGGGGACAAAACAUUGGUAAUACACAGCACCAGUAUAUUCCUGAGCAAGUUAGUACAAGCCCUCUACAAAUAUCUAUGUUCCAGCGAUUUCUCUUCCAGAUGGAUAUGUCGCAUCCAAAGCUCUUUGACUUCCAUGGUGUGUCUAUGACACAUGUUUUCAUGUCCAGAACUUCAAAGCUAAACCAGACGACAUUGUUGUUGCCACUUACCCCAAAGCAGGCACCACUUGGCUCUGCUACAUUCUUGACUUCAUCUCCAGAGCUCCAGCCUGAGACCCACGGGCUCCACCUUGAUCCCCUGCUGGUUGCGUGGUAGCUGUUGCUCUACACCCAAGUCAGACUGGGGAUAUCGUGUCAUCUCCCUACAGUAUGGAAAAGACCACCCUGCAGCUGUACCCUGGGGAAUAUGUCUUCCUGGCCCUGUGAGGGAUGACAGUCGAGUGAACUUGAAAAUUCUUCGCAACAUCUGGUCUGUGUGUCCAGGACCCCCACCGAAACUUAUUUUGCGCUUCAGGAGCAGCACGUUAAAGGGGGGACUCUGUCAUAGAAAUACCGGAAAGGGGAAUAGAGACUACAUUUCCUGUCAGUCAGUGCACCUCAUGUGACCACAUCACAUGACUGUCUGCACCUGUUCUCAAUUUCACACUCAUAUACUGUGUACCUAUAUAAGCCUCAUUAUGUCAUUGCAUCCCUGCAAAGUAAUUGCUCGGUUUCCUUUCCUUUGUGUUCUGUCAUUACCAAGCCAUCUCCCCUCCCCUGUAUUGUUAUUCUGGUUUUUUGACUUUGUUUGUUCCCUGGUUUUUGUGUUUUGGUUUCUCUGAUAUUCUGCUUGCUGAUCGCGUGACUCUUUUGCCUGCCUUGACUCUGAACUUGCCUCACUUAUUGGAUUAGUUUGCUGGACUUUAUAUAUUAAAACUGCUUAACUGCA